CUCUAUGCUCCCCCGCGUCUGGUCUAUUUAUUGUCGCGGGGAAGCAGCGGCCGCCCUGUACCCGGAACAACAAAGCCCGAAAGACGGAGCCCGAGCCUUGGGGGCUCCUAGCAACCGGCCGGGGCGGGAGUUCCAUGGAGACUGGGGAGCGCGCUCGCCUCAUCAUCAUCCUUAUCCUCCAGCUUAUCCUUCGCGUCCGCCGCAACCGGCAGCAGCGCUGCCGCCGCGUCCUCUGCCGCCGCCCGCUCUUCCCACGAGGUAGCUGAAACUGCUGCUCUGCUCUGAUAAUCCAAGUGGCUCAGGGAUGACUGCAAAUGAUUGCAAGAUUAUUUGUUUAUGAUAAGGUUGACACCAAAUACUGAGGCUGCCUAAUCAGGGAAUAACCUGGAUGUGAUCUUCGUGGUGGGAAGCCAAGUUUUUAAACUACCCCAAUGGAUGCAGACAGUGAUGUUGCAUUGGACAUUCUAAUUACAAAUGUAGUCUGUGUUUUUAGAACAAGAUGCCAUUUGAACUUAAGGAAGAUUGCUUUAGAGGGAGCAAACGUAAUUUAUAAGCGUGAUGUUGGAAAAGUAUUAAUGAAGCUUAGAAAGCCUAGAAUUACAGCUACAAUUUGGUCCUCAGGAAAAAUUAUUUGCACUGGAGCAACAAGUGAAGAAGAAGCUAAAUUUGGUGCCAGACGUUUAGCCCGUAGUCUCCAGAAACUAGGAUUUCAGGUAAUAUUUACAGAUUUUAAGGUUGUUAACGUUUUGGCAGUGUGUAACAUGCCAUUUGAAAUCCGUUUGCCAGAAUUCACAAAGAACAAUAGACCUCAUGCCAGUUAUGAACCUGAACUUCAUCCUGCUGUGUGCUAUCGGAUAAAAUCGCUAAGAGCUACAUUACAGAUUUUUUCAACAGGAAGUAUCACAGUAACAGGACCCAACGUAAAGGCUGUUGCUACCGCUGUGGAACAGAUUUACCCGUUCGUGUUUGAAAGCAGGAAAGAGAUUUUAUAAUUCACCACUUACUUGGUUAGAAUCCUUAACUGAGCACCUUUUAAAACCUGCUGCACAUUGGACUCACAAGGAAAACCGGACCAACAGUAACUGAGGAAAUAGACUCUUUUAUUCUUUCACAGCUACAGUGUAAGCUCAAGGCCCUUUGGAUUUUAUUUCAAACCUUGCUGUAAUAUAAAAAGGAAGUUUACAAGACAUGACAUUGCUGCUUUUACAAAAGGACAUUUCUAUUUAUUUUCGCAGUAAUUUUCAUGUCCCCACGAGCAGAGCUGUCUCCGUGUGCACUAGCGCAGAUUGUUUUGUUGUUGUCAUUAUUUUUUUUCCAGUUUGAGCUAAUGUGUUUUAUUUGUGAAUAGUCUUUUACAUUUUUGUAUGCUGAAUAUGGGCACCAAAGAACCUGUAAAAGUUAUCUUUUUCAAUUGAAUGUGCACAAAUAAAAGUUUGGAAAAGAUCUCUCUUCAUAUCCAUUCUAUAACUUUUAUUCCCCAUUUUUCUAUUUUAACAAAAAUUGUAUUCAUAAUUCUUUUUUUUAAUCUAUGCAAGCUUAGACUUUUGCUAAAGUGUGUCAGCUUCGUUUUGAAGUGUAUUUUGUAAAUAUACAUAAGCCACAUGUGUAUAGUAUCUUUUAAUGCUCUGUUACCAAAUAUCAAGUAGGAAUUUUUUUUUUCUUGAAGAUUAGAAAUGAAAACAUGUAUAUAAAUUGUAGGGAAGCAGAGUAGAACUUUAUAGAUUAAGCAUAAUGUUUUAUGUUGCUAAUUUAACAUGGUAGAAAAUGUUAACCAUCUUUUAAAAGUUGCAGAGUUGUAGUUUUAAAAGAAGAAACCUCUUAUUACCUUCAAGAUAAAUACGAGAAAAGCUGUGAUGGGUUGUACCUCAUAUGUACCUUUGUUAUUCUGGAAAGACUCAACUUUGGUUAUAGGAAAAGAAUAAUCUGAGGUUGAUACUCAAGGCUGUAUAUUAAGAGUCUUGUCAGAAGUUGAACCAUUGUGCUGUUUUAACAAGAAGUGCCCCAGUGUGACUUUAUUAAUACUACAGUUCAACUUGAACUUGAAAGCCAUUUUGCAAGAUAAGUCUUUCCCCUUGCUGUGUCUUAUUGAAUGAAGCUAAAGAGUGACUAUUCCAUACAUGGGAUUGCGCCUUUAUAGUUAACAGUAAAUACGCAUUUGUGAACCAGUGACUCUGGCUCACCCAUGAGCCCAGGAAUGGUAAUACAGUAUCAAGCUGCAGUGGUGCUCGACCAAUUGAGUAUUAGCUAACAGUGAUUUUACAUAGAAGUAAAACUAAGCGGAGAGUCGUAUCAGCUUCUCAAUUAACAUUAAUAGAGAUAAUAAUACAACACAGUCUUCCACUGAAACCUUGAUUUUCCAAAAUGUUUUGGAACCUUUGUGAAAAAUUGGAACACCUUAACCUCUAUAUUCUAGUACAUUUUCCCUACUAUGUUCUAAAAUCUUGAAAACCGUACUGAACAAUACAUAUUAUUUUAUGUUUAUCUUUGUCUUCUUCUUGAUACCUUCCCCUGCCCUUCCUCUCACUCUUCCUAAGUUGGAGGCAAGGGCUAACUUUUAUAUUUUCUCUCUUGGGAGAGACUUAAUUGUGAUUUUCAGACUUCUUUCUCCCUUUUUACAUUUGUGUUUACUUGCUUCGUUUUAAGAUCCAGUGGGGUAGGUAGCCUCAUAAAAUAUAUACAGAAUAAAAUUCAAUGAAAAUCAUAGGUUCUGGGCAGACUGUUUGAAAAAUUUGAGUUUUCACUUAAACUUAACAGUAAUUAAGUGACCUCCUGUUCUGCAGUGUUCACAGAAAAAGAAAUAGAGAAGGAGGGAGGGGGGGAACAUGAUGAUGUAGCCAAGAUGCAGAUCCAAAUGUUGUAAGAUUUUUCAGUAUUGGAGUGACUUGAAAACUAGGUAGCUCAGUAGCUCAUCAAAACGCUUUCUCAGAAAAGAGGAAGGAGGACAAUCUGGGUCUGGUUUCAGGGCUGCUGCUCGUGUGUCGCCUGGCAAAGUGUCAUGGGUGUGACCCACUAUGCGUAAAGCUGGUAGGAAAUGAGUGCGUCUGAUGUCUUCUGGCUUCUCACAAGUGCUGUACAUUUUUUUAUAAAUAAAAACUGUAAAUAUAUACAUAAAAAUUAUAAGUAUUCCCCCUUUUUAUUUUUGAAAGUGAAAAUGCUGUAGUUGGGGUUGUAUUGGAUAAAAAUCAGUUUGUAAAUAGAAUUGUUUCAUUAUAGAUUCUGAAUAAUAAAAGAAAAAUAGAAUGUUUAAGAUA